CUUGUGCAGAAACAGGGCUGGCCGGUGUCGCUUCCUCUUUCUGCUUCUCUGUUUCCUAACUAGCACGUCAGCAUUAAUAGGAAGCGUGACAGGCUCCCUGUCGCCUGGACACUCCGGCAGCAGGCUUAUCUGUCCCGCCACGAAGAGGCAGAAUCCUGGAGAGAGGACUCACAGGAGCCGAGGACAUGGGUCUGGCCUGGCCUUCAGCUGAGCAAGAAUACAUGACUCCAGGGCAGUGAGGACCCCUGCCCCUUCACAGACCUGGACCCACCUAAGCCGACCACCUACUCAUUCAGAGCGGACCCAGAGAUGGUGCUGACCGUGGUGCUGCUCCCCGUAACUUUGCUGGCUCUGUUCUGGGGGCCCGGCGUGGCGGGAGCCCAAGAGACCAUUCCGCUGCGGACCCUGAGCUGCUAUAACAACUACAAGAGCCACAUCACAUGCAGGUGGGCGGACACUCGCCAUGCCCAGCAGCUCAUCAGCCUGACCCUCUUCCGGCGACUGAAUGAGGACCCUCCAGAGCCAGUGUCCUGUGACCUCAGUGAUGACAUGGACCUGUUGGGCCACGACUGUACAGGCUGCGUGCCCAGAAGAUGCGUCAUUCCCUACAAGGUUUUUGUCAUCGCCGACAAUGACUACUACUCAUUCCGACCAGACAGGCCUCUGGGCACCCAGCUCACUGUUACUCUGGACCAGAAUGUUCAGGCCCCUGCACCCAAGGACCUGCAGAUCACUCCUGCUGGGGACCGUUUCCUGCUGACCUGGACUGUGGCCCCCCCGGGUUCCCAGAGCCACUGGCUGUCAGGCCUGGAGUUUGAGGUGGUCUAUAAGCGGCUUCAGGACUCCUGGGAGGAUGCCCCCACCUUCUACUGCAAUUCCUCCCAGGCUGUCCUGGGGCCGGAGCACCUCAUUCCCAGCAGCACCUAUAUGGCCCGAGUGCGCACCCACCUGGCCCCCAGCUCAGGGCUCUCGGGGAGGCCCAGCCGGUGGAGCCUGGAGGUUCACUGGGACUCCCAGACAGGGGACAAGGCCCAGCCCCAGAACCUCCAGUGCUUGUUCGAUGGGGCCGCCGUGCUCAGCUGCUCCUGGGAAGUGUGGUCUGAGGUGGCCAGCUCAGUUUCCUUCACCCUCUUCUACAAGCCCAGCCCCAGUGCAAGGGAAGAGGAGUGCUCCCCAGUGCUGAAGGAACCGCUCGGCAGCCUCUUGGUCCAGCACCGAUGCCAGAUCCCCGUGCCCGACCCCAGGAACCACAGCCAGUACACCAUCUCUGUUCGGCCGAAGGAGGAAGAGAAGUUUAUAAAGAGCUCAGACCACAUCCAGAUGGCCCCCCCGACACUCACUGUGACCAAGAGCAGAGAUGGCUACACCCUGAGCUGGACAGAAGGGGAGAUGCUCUACAAACACAUAGGUCACACCUUCCAGAUCCAGUACAAGCAAGAUGUAGACACAUGGGAGGAGAGCAAGACGGUGACCCUCGAGAAUUCCCACGUCAUGCCACUGCCACCACUGGAGCCCGUCACCAAGUACCAGGCGAGAGUGAGGGUCAGGCCCACCCCCGGCAGCUACAACGGGGUCUGGAGCCGGUGGAGUGAGGAGUGCUUCUGGGACACUGAAUGGGUGCUGCCCACGUGGGUCCUGGCACUCAUCUUGGUCUUCACCACCUUGGCCUUGCUCCCUGUCCUGCGCUUUUGUGGCAUCUACGGGUACAGGCUGAACCGGAAGUGGGAGGAGAAAAUCCCCAACCCCAGCAAGAGUCACCUGUUCCAGAAUGGGAGUGCUGGGCUCAGGCUCCCAGGAGGUAUAUGGGCACUCCCCAUCAGGAGCUCCCUGCACAAGGGGCCGAGAGGCAGCUACGUCCCUGAUCUGGAGGGGGUGUUUCCUGCAGACUGCAGGCACAGCGAGGUGUCACCUCUCACCACCGAGGACCCGAAGGACGUGUGUGAAUCACCACCUGAGCCUGACACAGCUCCGGCCACUUCCGACCUGGGCGCGGAGCAGCCCCCCAACCCCCAGCCAGGCCCGUCGGCCCCCAAGGGCAGGCCUGAGAGCCAGCAUUCUGGCUUUGACUUCAAUGGCCCCUACCUGGGGCUGCCCCGCAGCCACUCGCUGCCUGACAUGGCGGGCCCGCCCGCGUCCCCGCAGAGAGGCGGGGGCCCGAAGCCACAGCCCUCAGGGCCCCUGGAGUACCUGUGUCUGCCCGCGGGAGGGCAGGUUCAGCUGGUCCCACUGGCCCAGGUGAUGGGACAGGGCUGGGCCAAGGAUUUGGAGAGGACCCCUGGCCCGGCGGCUGGAGGGAACCCCUCCCUGGAGUCGGGGGCUGGCCUUGCCUCUCCUGUUCACAGGCCGACAGUGGGCGGUCAAGGCCCAAAGGACAGAGCGCUCACAGCUCUGCCCACGGGCUCUGGGGGCCCCGAGGAUGGCAUUACGGCCUCUGGCUACGUCACCACUGCAGACCUGGCCCUUCCCUUGCCCACAGCACUGCCAUCUGUCUGCAAGGUCCACCCUCCGGGCUCGCCCUCAGCCCAGAGCCCCAGCCUCAGUCUUGGGCCGGCUGGUGAGCCCUGUGGCGUCCCAGCCCCCAUGAGGCCAGAAAUCGAGGGCUAUGUGGACAUCCCUCCAACCCCAGGCCAGUGUCCCAAGUCCCCUCUGGGCAGUCCCGCCCCUCCUGCACCCAGCAGCCCCGCCCUGAGCCCAGGGGAGCCCAGAGUGGAGGUGGCCCCCGUCUCCCCACACCCCGAGGGGCUCCUGGUCCUGCAGCAGGUGGGUGACUACUGCUUCCUGCCUGGCCUGGGACCUGGCCCGCUCUCACCCCAGACAAAGCCCUCUCCCCCAGGACCCUGCCUUGAGACCGGAGACCAUGACCCCAUGUUCCAGGCCAAGAAGACCCUGUGCCCGGCCGUCCCCCAGAUGCCAGCCGUCCGGCAUUUCAAAGCCCUGAAGCAGCAGGACUACCUGUCACUGCCCCCCUGGGAUGUGGGCAGGCCUAGGGAGGUGUGCUGAGCCCCUCCAGGUCCCGGGGUGGUCCCCCUGCGCCCCUCCGCACUCACCUCUGCAGAGCCAAGGAGGGGGUUGGAGCAGGUGGAGACGUGGAAGUCAGUCAGUCAGCCUCCUAGCUUCUCACUUGACCUUGGGCCAAUUCUCUCCCCACUGCCUCCCGAUCUCUCACACAGACAAGCGCGCUCGCGCACGCACACACACACACACACACACACACACUCUCUCUCUCUCUCCUGUCGUGUGAAGUUCAUUUUAAGCUCCAAACUAUUGGUGCUCUCUGUAUACUCAUUCCAUUGCCCACUUUUUUUUUUUUUUUAUCAGAUUUCCUUGCUUUUGCCCCCAUCUUCUUUCUCUUUCCAGGGAUUUAUCAUUCUAGGGAGUUUGAGGUCCAGGCUAAGCCCAUGCGGAGAGGACGCAUCUCAGCCCAAGCCAGGACAUGUCCCGUCCGGUGGUGUUAAGGGCUUGCGUCUACAGCUUGGUCCUGGCAGGGGUGAAUGCCAGGGGGAGGGAAGAGGCGCCCAGGGAGGGUCCUGGGGGAGGGGUGAAGGCUUGGAAGAACAGUGCAGCCCAGGCACUAGGACAAAAUACCAUUGACAACGACGGUCACUCCAAGCAAUGGGGCAAGAGAGGAGCUGUUCUGAGCCCGUGGGGGCCCCUGCUGGUCUCACCGCUGUGACUGAGGAGGUGGGGACUGCAGGUCGCCAGCCUGAGUGAGCAGUGUCCCUGCAGCCCGGUGUCCCUUCUACACCCGGGCUGGUGGGGCCGAAAUUCGGAAGCAAGGGAAUCCCGAACCCACAUGCACUCUAGAAAUGUUGGAAAGAACCACUCGCCAAAGGGAAAAAGGAAGAUGAGCAAAAGCUUGUACGCUUUGGGGCUAAUAGUCGACGUGGCCCUCCCGCCCUCCCUUCCUCCAGAUCAGCAUUACAGCCCCCACCCCCACUGGCCGUGGACGAGGGGAUUCUGAUCUACAUCUGGGCCUCCACGGAGGAUUACAGUUUCUUAAAAUCCUUGCCUUUCUGAUAUGCAAAAAAAAAUGGCAUUAAAUCAUUUAUAUUUGCAUUAUU